AUGAAUUUAAAUAAAAAGAUAGACACUUUAGCUUUUCAAGAAAAAGAAGAAUUAUUAUUAGAAGGCAUUUCAGUAGAACAAUACAAUGAUAUAUUUUAUUGUGAUUACACUUUCUCUAGUAAAAAUACAGUUAUUUGUGGUAAUUAUAUUUAUAUAGAUGAUAAAGAUAAGAUUUUAAGACUUGCGUUGAAUUGUAGAAAGUGUUAUUAUAAUGAAGGACUUUUAAAAGUUGUAUAUGAAAGUAAUGAAGAAGUUUACAGGCUUGAAGAUAACCAGUUUAUUCCUACUGAUGAAGUAUUUGUUGUAGAUGAUGUGCUUAAAAUUAAUAAAGAUAAUUUAACGAUCAAAGAUGUUGGCUCAUUUGAUAAUUUUAUCUAUGAAGAAGGAGCUAAUUACUUUUAUACAAGUUUUAAUGAAAUUUAUAUAAUUGGUAAUGAUAAAUCAGGAGUGUUUAUUUAUAUUGUAAAUGGGAAACAAUUGAAUGUUGAAGAAAGUGAUGAAUUAACUUUAAGAUUUAGUGAUGAUCUUGAAGAAAUAUUUGCUAAGGACAUUAAAUUUAGUAAUAAUUUAAUAUUAAUUAAAGAUAAAGAAAAGUUAGUGAGUUUUUAUAUUAAAAUAAAUGAUAAGUUAUUAGAAGGAGAUAAUAAUGUUAAAGAAAUUAUUGAUGUUGGACUGAGUACUGAGGAAAUAAGUAAUAUUUUAGAUGAUUAUUCUGAAAUUAGUGCUUUAAAGCAAAAUCUUAUAGAAAAAGAAAUUCCUGAUGAUAAAAAAAGUAUAAUUGAAGAAGAAGAUUUUAAAGAUUUAUUAGGAGAUACUUUUACCCAAAAUGAAGAUUUUAAAAUAGAUAAUCUCACAAAAUAUUUAAGUAAAUCUACUUUAAAAGAGGGAAAUACUGAUCUAAAUAAUGAUAAAGUAAAUGUUCAAUCAAAUAUUAAAAAAGAUUUAGAUAAAAAUAUGCUUAAAGAAGAAAAAAAGAAUGAAACACCUGAUAUUAGUAAUUUCUUAAGUUCUAAUAAUAAAAAAGAAGAUUUGUUAACUAAAUCAACUAGUAAUGAUUUAUUUAGUAAAAUUAAAAAUGAUUCACUUAUUAAAAAUGAUAGUUUAUCAAAGGUAUCACAAAAGGAAAUUAAGAAUGACAGUCUUAUAAAUUCAUUUAAGAGUAAAUACAAAGAACCUGAGUUAAAUAAUAUGAUUGAUGAACUUCAAAAACUUAAUACAUAUGAAAGUAUAUCUCAUAAUGAUGUAGAAAUACCCAACGCUAUUCAAUUUAAAGAGUCUAAGAUAGAUAUAUCAAAACUUUACACACAAAUUUUAUUAGAUCCAAUUAGGGAAUAUAAUGAAAGUAUAUUAAACAUGAUUGUUAAUUUAGAGACGUUAUUGAGUGUUGAUGAAAGUGACAUUAAAACAAACAUUGAUUAUUUUGAUAAGGUAAUAAGCGGAAAUCGACCUAAUAAUAUUUCAUCAUUUAUAAAGCCAUUGUUAGCAAUGAAUUUAACAGAAACUAAAAAUAAAGAUUUAGAUAUUUUGAUUGAUGGUUUAAAAAACAUUGAGAUUAGUGUUGAUGAUAAUAAGGUUUUAAGUAAUGAAAUGAGAAUUAAACCAGACACUAGUAAUGUUGAAAUUGAACCUAAAAAUGUAAAAGACGAUAAGACUAUUUCAUCAGAGAGUAAACCCUUUGAUUCAAUUAUUCCUAAACCUGAAGUAUCUAAACCUAUUGAACCACCUGUUAAUACUCAAAACAUAUUUGGAAAUCCACAACCUAUGAAUAAUGUAAAUACUAACAUCUUCAAUUCUGGUUCAAUUGAUGCUAAGAAUUUAUUUAAUACUAGUGUAUUUGGUAACUCAGUUAAUAAUACAAAUGGAACUAAUAAUCCUUCACCAAAUAAUUCAACUAGUCAAACAUCCAGUCAUUUUUCUAAAUUCUUAAAUAAUAGAAAACUUUAA